AUGGGCAUAAGGGAUGGCGGCAUCUUGGGCGCUCGGCGCCGCCCUGCAUCGGCGGUUUCUUCGGGAAGCGGUAGCAGCGACGAUGAAGAGGACGGAAGUGGCAACGGAGCGGAAACGAUGGUUGGCAACGCCGCGGAGACAGGUCCGCGGGGCGUCGCGGAGCUCCUGCGGCGACAUCCGAAGAGGCCCGAGAUACAGCGCCGAGGGCUUCGAGCCCUGAGAGACUUAGCCUACAAGGGCGACGAGGAAAGGGUGGCGGUGGCAGCAGCUGGGGGCGUUGCUGCCGCGGUCCACGCCAUGAACCGCUUCCCGGCAGAUUCCAGAGUACAGGUCGGCGGAGUGAAGACCCUUGCACAUCUGGCCUUCGGAAACGACGUCAACAGAAUCGAGGUGGGCUCUUCCGGGGGCACGGCCGCGAUCCUUCGCGCCAUGGCCGCCAACCCAGCCGACCCGGAGUUGCAAGGGGAGGGGUGCACGGCAUUUACGAACCUUUCCCACAACUGCGACCGGAAUAGGAAGCUCGUUGUCGAAGGUGGAGGUCUCAUCCUCAUCCUCAACGCCAUGCAGGCUUUCCCUGGACAUCCCAAGCUGCAGCGCCAAGCAUGCUGGGCCCUCCUGACGCUCGCAGCGAACGACGAAAUAUCGAGGGUGAUCGCAAGGGAGGGCGGGGUGGGUGCCAUCAUCGCAGCGAUGAUCAACAACGCCGAUGAUACCUCCGUGCAACAUUUUGGCUGCUGGGCUCUGGCCAACGUGGGCUGGGGGCAAGCCGACGUGCAGAGGUUUGCUAGGGAAGAGGGCGCGAUAGAAGCCAUCCAGGUAGCGAAAUAUUUAGCGUUGGUAGUAUUGGUGCCAUUGUCGUCGUGGAUGAUAUUGUUGAUGUAUAUAUGA